CAACCUUCUCGACAGAUAUCCACUCUGCGCAUACCUCGCCACCUCAUACGAUUGGCUUGACGCAGGCUACGCACCCCGCCAUCUUACGCCUUCCCCCACCACCACUCGCUUCAGCAUGAUCCUCCUCAGCGCGAAGUUCGUUCUCUCGGCGGGUCUUCUCUGCAGCGUGCUAUCCCCCGUCUUGGGUGGCGAGCCCGACUACGACCUUCCGGUGAGCUCUUUGAUCGCCAGCGCGGACGCACUGCUGCAAUCGGGCGACAAGCAGAGCGCGCUGGACCACUUCGCCGCCGCGAUCAAGAAGGACCCCACCAACUACCUGACGCUGUUCAAGCGUGGCGCGACGUACCUCUCGCUCGGCCGCUCCACCGCCGCGUCCGCAGACUUCGAUGCCGUGCUGGAGAUCAAGCCGGACUUUGAGGCCGCGCUCCUCCAGCGCGCGAGGCUGAAGUCGAAGGCCGGCGAUUGGACGGCUGCCGCGGAGGAUUAUCAGAAGGCCGGCACGGCUAAGUAUGCUACUGAGAUCCUGGAGAUCGAGGAGGCGAAGACGGCGGCUGCGGAAGCGUACGCAGCGGAGGGGAAGAAGGACUGGGAUACUUGUGUGGAGAAGGCCGGUACCGCUAUCAUGAUCGCGCAGGCUACGCCAGGCCUCAGGAGCUUGCGCGCCAGGUGUCGGAUGCACAAGGGGGAUGUGUUGGAAGCUGUGGGAGAUCUAACACACUUCGCGCAGCUCAGUCCGUCUGAUAUCUCACCCCAUUUGCAGAUCGCAAACCUGCUGUAUUUCACCAUGCACGACUUUGACCGGUCGACUGCCCAGCUCCGCAAAUGUUUACACUCCGAUCCCGACUCGAAGCCGUGCAGCAAGCUGCUGCGCCGGAUAAAGAACCAUGGAAAGGCGGUGAACAUGGCAAAGGACGUACGGGAGAAGCGGCAGUGGAAUACUGCCAACAAGGUCUUGCUGGGUGUGGCCGAUGAAACCGGAGUCAUAGACGAUAUCAAGGAAGACGUUGCAGAUCUCAAGAAGGAAGGCAUCAUCAACGAAAAAUGCCCUCAGACAUUGCUCGGAGAUCUCCAGGAGAUGGUUUGCGAAGACUUCACUGAGAUGGGUAAACCCGAAAAGGCGCAGCCAUACUGCGAAGAAACUCUUCGAAUUAACCCGCAAUCCAUCGUAGCAACGGUGUCCAAAGCUACACGGUUAAUAAAGGAAGACAAGUUUGACGAGGCAAUCCGACUUCUCGAGAAAGCGAAAGAAGAGAUAGAGGGAGCUAGCAACGACCGUCGGAUCCAGAAGAAGCUACAAGACGCACACACCCUCCUGCGGCGGUCCAAGACCAAGGACUACUACAAAGUCCUGGGCGUAUCACGCGACGCCUCCGAGCGCGAGAUCAAGAAGGCGUACCGCAAGCUCACCAAGCAAUACCACCCGGACAAGUACCGCGGCACCAUGACGCCCGAAGAGAUCCAGACGAAGAUGAGCGCCAUCAACGAGGCCCACGAGGUCCUCAAUAACCCUGAGCUCCGCGCCCGCUUCGAUAAUGGCGAUGAUCCUAAUAGCCAGGAGGGACAUAACCCGUUCGCGCAGGGUGGCAGCCCGUUCGGAGGUGGAUUCGGCGGUCAGCAGCAGUUCAUGUUUAGACAGCAGCAUGGAGGUGGCGGAAGUCCCUUUGGUCGUGGUGGUGGCGGGUUCGAAUUCAACUUUUAAAGGAUA